GCCAGCGCACAGCUCACCUGGCCCCGCAGAGGUAUUUCUAUUUCCCCCCUCUUUUUCCCGGCGAAGAAGUGCUGACCGAUGGAGAGCCCUGACGUCACCAUGCCAGGUAGAGAGUGAAAGGGGGGCUUUGGGUCGUGAGGAGGAGGGAGUAUCACUGCGGGUGUGUUGGGGUGGCCUCUCCAUCGCGGUGAACACCUUUCGGGCUCGGACGCACGCACGAUGAUGGACGCCUGGCUGCUGCUGCUGGCUCUCCUCGCCAUUGCUGGAGGAGGCCUGGGGGCAGACACAGAGGAGCGCUUGGUGGAGCAUCUCCUAAACCCGGCCCACUACAACAAACUGAUCCGUCCUGCCACUAAUGGCUCCGAGCUGGUUACCGUGCAGCUGAUGGUGUCGCUGGCCCAGCUCAUCAGCGUGCAUGAACGAGAGCAGGUGAUGACCACCAAUGUCUGGCUCACACAGGAGUGGCAGGACUAUCGUCUGACUUGGAUCCCUGAGGAGUUUGAUGGGAUGUUGAAGGUCAGGCUGCCCUCAAAACACAUCUGGCUGCCUGACGUUGUGCUCUACAACAAUGCUGAUGGGGUGUACGAGGUGUCGUUCUACUCUAAUGCGGUGGUGUCCCACGAUGGCAGUAUCUUCUGGUUGCCCCCGGCCAUCUACAAAUCCGCCUGUAAGAUCGAGGUGAAGCACUUCCCCUUCGACCAGCAGAACUGCACGCUGCGCUUCCGCUCCUGGACCUACGACCGCACCGAGAUCGAUCUGGUGCUGCGAGCUGACGUGGCCAGCAUGGACGACUUCACGCCCAGCGGUGAGUGGGACAUCAUCGCGCUGCCAGGCAGACGAAACGAGAACCCGGCCGACCCCACCUACGUUGACAUCACGUACGACUUCAUCAUUCGCAGGAAGCCCCUUUUUUACACCAUCAACCUCAUCAUCCCGUGCGUGCUCAUCACCUCUCUGGCCAUCCUGGUGUUCUACCUGCCCUCCGACUGUGGAGAGAAGAUGACGCUCUGCAUCUCCGUGCUGCUCGCCCUCACUGUGUUCCUGCUGCUGAUCUCCAAGAUCGUCCCCCCCACUUCUCUAGACGUCCCUCUGGUGGGGAAGUACUUAAUGUUCACUAUGGUCCUCGUGACUUUCUCUAUCGUCACCAGCGUGUGUGUGCUCAAUGUGCACCACCGCUCCCCCACCACGCACACCAUGCCCCCCUGGGUUAAACUGGUGUUCCUCAACAAGCUCCCUGCUUUGCUCUUCAUGCGGCAGCCCAGGAACAGCUGUGAGCGCCAGCGGCUGCGCCAGAGAAGACGGGUCCAGGAGCAGAAGGAGGGGGGGCGCAGUGGGGAAGCAGGGGCCCUGAUGGUGGGGCUCGGGCUGGGCAACACUGGGGGGAGCGGAGGGGGGACCUCCACAGGGGUGUUCAGCAAGGAGGACAGUGAGCCUUGUACCUGCUAUGUGAACCGGGCGUCUGUUAAACAGUUCGGAGGGGAUCUGGGAGGAGCAGGAGGGUCCAUGGAUGGUCUGAACAGGGUGAGGGAGAGCCGGGAGGGGGGCGCUGGAAACGUGCCCCGGGGGAAGCACGCAGCUGGAGGACCUGCUCUGACUCAGACCCUGCUGGCUCAAGCCUGUCCGGGCUUCGAGGAGGCCGUGGAAGGGGUUCGCUUCAUCGCCAACCACAUGAGGAGUGAGGAUGAUGAUCAGAGUGUGAGCGAGGACUGGAAGUACGUUGCCAUGGUGAUUGACCGCCUCUUCCUGUGGAUCUUCGUGUUUGUGUGUGUGUUCGGCACGCUGGGCAUGUUCACUCAGCCGCUCUACCAGAAUUACACAGUCAAGACCAUCACCAGCUCGCCAGGCUGACCGUCUGCAGGCCGAGGACACGCCCACCUGACAGCCAGAGGUGGGGCUGGGGGGGCGGGGCUGAGUGGUCUGGGUUUUAUUGUGUCUUUUGAACUGAAAAACCAGGACUAGAACUGAACAGCAAUCACGCCCAUUACCUUUAUAGUAACGUUUUUGCAACGAACAAGGAAGACACAAUCAUACUCUUACCUGCAGUUUUUAGGCCGGAUGUUUAAUGGACUGACCUCCCUUUUCUGCUGGAAAGGUCCCUCCCUGCUCUCCUCUCCACUCAGUUAUGGAGAGAGGAUGUACUCCUCGUUGAACCUUACGCCAGCUUAUUAACACUUUCUUCUCGAAACUGUCUGCUUAUCGACACACGACAUGCCCUCCUUCAACUAUGACAUUACGCAUUCUCAACAUUGACUGAUGUCAGAGGGAGCUAAUCAGAAAGGGAAGGAUGGUUCAUAUCAAGGUUCUUAAAGGUUUAUUUUCUUUUUUGAAGUCACUACAGAACUGAUUCAGUAUAUUUUACCAUAGCAUAGCAGAUUACCACAGUAUAGCAUUAGUAAUAUAUUAUUACAAUUUCUCUAUGUGUUAGCUGAUGCAAGGGUGAAAUGCUGAUACAGAGGAUAAGGUGUGUUGUAUGAUUGUAUAGAUUAAACAAGAAUGUGAUACAAACUGUACUACACAGCCUGUGGUGCGCACACAAACACAACAUGUGUACAAGCAACAGUUUUAGGAUAAUACAGAGAGGGGACUUUAAUUAAAGACAGAGUGAGGUUGCAUUAUUCAGUGAGAGGAUAAAGUAAUAGAUGCAUGGCCAGAGUUAUGCACAUGAAGUAGAAGACAGCAGGAGCCAGGGAGCCCAGCUGCUAUGAGAUGAGUUCAGCUGCAGAGAAACUGUGGCCAAGAUGGUGGACAGGACCACCUCUAUGAUGGACAGUGGAGCAUGAUUUCCCUGAGAUGGAGUUUCCCGAGCUCAGUAGAGAUGGAGCAAAUAUCAGUGUUUGAAAAAGUAACGUGUAAAUCAAAUUAUAUUGAUUGAAGAAAGGGAAUUCUAUCAUGGAAAUGAAGCUAUUAUGUGUAUUAAUAUGUCAUUUCAUAUUUCAGUAUGUAAUGUUCUGAGCAUAUGUAUGCGCGUGUGUAUGUAUGCGUGCCCCACAUCCCGAUGCAUCACAUCUGCCAGAUUCCAUGUUCAGAAGAUAAACUGUAUGUGUGUCUUCCCCUCCUUUCUAUUUAUAUCUGGCAACCUCUCUCCAGUUUACUCUCCUCUAUCUGGUCUUCCAUGGACAAACACAUUUCUGACAUUUAGUCCAAUUAGAAUAAUGGUUACCUACUAUCUCUAUUCACUACAGUAGUUUUCCUUUUCAUCACGGACUGACUGAUUCUUCUUACUCCCACAAUCUUCCCAUGUUCCCUUACAACCAAGCGAGACGCAAAAGGCCUUUUCAGGCAUGCAGGGAGUGGGGGGGGGUGAAUUAAAAUUUCAAUAAACAAGAGACAAAUGACAAGAGGGCCAAAGCUGAGGCAGUCGCACUAGGCAAUAAGUUGCAGAUGCAGGAUGAAGAAGAACAGAUAUGUAAUAUUGCAAAUGUUUUUGACGAUAUAAUAAGGUUGCAGACUGAAUAAAAACAGGAUAACAUCACCAAGCAAGCGCAAUCCAGAUAGCGAGGAGGAAUAAAGAGGGAUAGGCGGAGACAAAAGACUGUUAGUAUUGUUACACCAUGGAAAAGCCACUAUAAACUCUGUAGAAAUGCUGUCUAAUCCUCAGUCACUUGCUGCAAGAUUCCUCGGCUUUUAACGGUUGCGUGGCCAAGUCUGCAGCUCAGCUCUGUUCGGGACUGGGAGCUCUCUCUUUCUGUCUCUAGAGGAUGGGAUUACCCUGGGGGGGGGAUUCCUGACAGAUCCCGAACAAGUGUGAAAAGCCUAUCAGAGACCUGUGAAAACUGUAGCCUGCAUGGCUCCACAGGGACAAAGUGUUGCUGUCCACUCUCUCUCUCUCUUUGACCUUUCCACUCUCCUUCAUUUCUUCUCACUUCCUCUCUCAUCAUGCUCCCCCAUAUUUCACCCUUCUCCUUCCUGACUCAAAUCUGCUCCUGUGCACACCUUAACCAGUCCAAUAAAGGUCGUAGGUUCAGAUUAAUCAAA